UUAUAACAUUACGGUUGAACCACUGAAGUUUUUCCACAGUGUUUUCUUUAGAUCAGCCUAUUAUAGCUGAAGAGCUUGAGUGCCAAGAAAUGUCCUCAUAAAAGAAUUUGCCUGCGGCACGAAUUGGAAUGUGAGAUUCACCUUGUCACCCUUUGUUUCAAUCAAACUCUGAGAUUUUUCGGUGUGGUGUUCUGAUAUCUGUCCUUUGUCUCCCUCUGUGUGUGCAGGUGGCUGGUCACAUAAAAUAACCACACCAAUGACACACAAAAAAUCGUUCAUGUGGCAGUUAAAUACCCAACGCUUCUCAACACAAGCGAACCCACAGGACCUGGUUGUCCAGUGGGGUGGGGAAGGCAAAGUCUGUUUAAUCUUAUUUGCAACCAUAUGUUUCGCUUGUAAAAAAAAAAAAGGAUUUCGUUUACAUUUAAACAAGACAGAAAGCUUGCAAAGGCAUGCAUUUACGAUGAAAACUGACAUAAGGUGAGUUUUGCUCCAUAUUAUUUUAUGGUGUCCAGUAAUAACUAUGCUUUGUAUUUGCAUGUUGUUAUGAUUUUAACAACAGUAAUUGUAUAUUUUAAAUAGUACUUGCCUUUAUGCAUUUCAGGUGACAAACUAAACAAGUACAGAGUUUAACAUUUAGCUGGUUUACCAUAGAAUUCAUGAGUAUAGAGUUCAGCCAACUUUAUUUUAGAACUGCGUGCUGUAAAAUAAUCACUGAUGCUAAUUUUAUGUUAAUUUCUUCUGUUUUAGUACUGACUGCAUUCAUCGGCCUCAAUCAUUCAGCCCUGUUACACAAGCACUAUACAAAAUAAUUGACAAAAAUACAUAGCCUAUAAUAAUAAAUCGAUUAAAAAAAAAUAAAAAAAAUCAGCAGUAAUUACAAACCAAUAUUUGUAGCAAACCCCUUCUGAGUGACAGCUUAAUUUUGGCUGAAUUUGCAACUGUGUUACUCAUUUUAUCAUAGGUUUUUAUUUGAUUAAUUUUUACAUUUUAUAAAGUGUCUACUUUAUUUGUAAUCUAUAUAAUCCUAUAGAAAAUGCUAAAAAUUAUCUAAAAUGGAACGUUUUCUGAUGGUUCAGACCCAAUUUUGUACCCUAUUCAAACGUGUAAUAAUUCAUGUAUAACAAACGGGGUUUGGUUGCUUAGUAACCUCAAGACACCGGUCAGGUGUUUCGCGCGUAAAUCCUCCCGUAAACUUUAGCUCCUCCCACAUGCACUUCCUCUAUUUGACAGUACAUUUCUGUUUAUUAGACACAUUUCUCAUUCAUCAUUUCGUACGCAUGGAUAUCGUGGAAGCGUUGACGGUUUUAAAAUGACAGCUUUGUUUUGAGGAAUGUUUACCCUCACAGAAGUUGCCUCUCUAAAUGACAUCCAGCCAACUUAUCGGAUAUUGAAACCAUGGUGGGACGUCUUUAUGGAUUACCUGGGUGUGGUCAUGCUUAUGCUGGCCAUAUUUGCUGGGACCAUGCAGUUAACCAAAGAUCAGGUGGUUUGCCUUCCCGUUCUGGAAUCGUUGGAGGACCAAACCCCUGUGGCCAUGGAAAGGCCCCGAGAGAAAGCUCUUGGCUCAGGGACAGGAGGAGGCCAUGUGACAUUGGCAGCUGCACCUUUAGCAAGCAAAGAACAAACCGAUAGUGUUGUCCAACACUUCCCACAGUCGUCUGCUGUCAGGCAACCUCUGCCUACGGGUUUACGAACAAAUCUGGAUUUUCAGCAGUAUGUCUUUGUUAAUCAGAUGUGCUACCAUGUUGCCCUUCCAUGGUAUUCAAAAUACUUUCCAUAUCUAGCUCUCAUUCACACUAUUGUUCUCAUGGUAAGCAGUAACUUUUGGUUCAAGUAUCCAAAGACCAGUUCCAAAAUUGAGCAUUUUGUGUCUAUUUUGGGAAAGUGUUUUGAGUCCCCUUGGACAACCAAGGCAUUGUCUGAGACAGCCUGUGAAGACUCCGAAGAGAAUAAGCAGAGAUUGACUGGAGCCUCUACAUUACCAAAGCAUCUUUCAACCAGCAGUGAGGAGGGAAGUCCAAAUCCGUCCACACCCAUGCUUGCAAAAUCUAGCAUUAAGUUUUCUGCAGAGAAGCCAGUCAUUGAAGUUCCAAGUAUGACUAUACUUGACAAGAAAGAUGGAGAGCAAGCUAAAGCACUUUUUGAGAAAGUGAGGAAGUUCCGCACACAUGUAGAAGACAGCGACAUGAUCUACAAAUUCUAUGUAGCUCAAACAAUAAUAAAAACGGUCAAAUUCAUUCUGAUUCUGUGUUACACCAUGACAUUUGUCACCUCCAUUAAAUUUGACCAUGAUUGUGAGCCUGAAAUUAAGCAUUUAACUGGAUACGCAAAAUUUAAAUGCACUCAUAACAUGGCUUUCAUGUUGAAAAAACUCCUUGUCAGCUACAUUGUCCUCAUUUUUGUUUAUGGCUUGGUUUGCAUUUACACACUUUUUUGGCUAUUUAGACGGCCUCUUAAAGAGUACUCAUUUGAGAAAGUUCGAGAAGAAAGCAGUUUUAGUGAUAUCCCAGAUGUGAAGAAUGACUUUGCUUUCCUCCUACACAUGGUGGACCAGUAUGACCAAUUGUACUCGAAACGUUUCGGUGUCUUUCUCUCAGAGGUAAGUGAGAACAAAUUGCGGGAAAUCAGCUUAAACCACGAGUGGACCUUUGAGAAACUACGUCAACACGUGACUCGCAAUGCACAGGACAAGCUUGAGCUGCAUCUUUUUAUGCUGUCAGGUGUUCCUGAUGCGGUCUUUGACCUCACUGAUUUAGAGGUCCUAAAACUAGAACUCAUCCCAGAGGCACGCAUCACAGCGAAAAUUUCUCAGAUGAUCAACCUCCACGAAUUGCACUUUUAUCACUGCCCCGCCAAAGUUGAACAGACUGCAUUCAGUUUCCUCCGCGAUCACCUCCGGUGCCUUCAUGUCAAGUUUACGGAUGUAGGAGAGAUUCCCACUUGGGUUUACAUGCUAAAGAACUUGAGAGAGCUCUACUUGGUGGGAAACUUGAACUCCGAGAAUAACAAAAUGAUAGGAUUAGAGUCCCUCAGGGACUUGAGGCAUCUAAAGAUCCUACAUUUGAAGAGCAACCUUACCAAGAUCCCGACUAACAUUACGGACUUAUCACCCCACCUGAUCAAACUUGUGGUUCACAAUGAUGGUACUAAACUCUUGGUGUUAAAUAGCUUGAAAAAGAUGAUGAACCUUACUGAACUGGAGCUGCACAAUUGUGAACUGGAGCGGAUACCGCAUGCAAUUUUUAGUUUGACCAACCUGCAGGAGUUGGACUUGAAAUCGAACAAUAUCCAUACCAUUGAAGAGGUCAUCAGCUUCCAGCACCUGAAGCGGCUUAACUGCCUCAAACUGUGGCACAAUAAAAUAAUUUCCAUUCCAUUGUCCAUAAAUCAUGUAAAAAACCUAGAGUUCCUCUAUCUGUCACAUAACAAACUAGAGACCUUGCCUACCACUCUGUUCAGUCUUCUUAAACUUAGAUUCCUGGAUGUUAGUCACAACUCCAUCGUAGUGAUUCCUCCAGAGGUGGGGUUUCUCCAGAAUCUACAGCACUUUGCCAUCACAGGAAAUAAGGUGGAAGUGGUACCUAAGCAGGUGUUCAAAUGCACAAAGCUGCGUACCCUAUCCCUUGGGCACAACUGCAUCUCGUCGCUGCCAGAAAAAAUCGGGCAGUUGCUGCAGCUGACUCAUCUUGAGCUGAAGGGGAACUGCCUGGAUCGCCUGCCUGCACAGCUUGGCCAGUGCCGACUCUUGCGCCGAAAUGGCCUCAUUGUGGAGGACCACCUUUUUGAUUCACUGCCCCUAGAGGUCAAAGAGAGCAUAAGUCAGGAAACCAGUGCUAAUUUUGCUAAUGGAGUGUGAUUGUUGAUCUGGAAAAAAAAAACAGUUAGAUGGUUUUCUGAGUGAACAGAAUUAGAGAGCGCAAAAGGCAGUGUUUCAGUACUUCUUUUUUUUGUUGUCAUUUUAAUUUUUGUCCAGAUGUUUUAUCCGGGACUGUUGGCAUGAAUGGAUGUUCCAUGCGUAAGGAAUGAGUCCAGUAUCAAAGCUUAUGUUAACAUUCGUAACAGUUUUUAAUUUUUUUUUUUUUUACAUUUUUUUUAUUUUUUAUUUUUUUUGUUUUUUUGCACCAGUAACCUGUUUGUGGUUACUGGUACUUCUUAAGAAGUAUUCAUAUGUUUGAGAUUAUUAUGAUCGUUAUAUUUUGUUCUUUUAAAAAAUGUUUUGUUAGUUUUUAUGAUUUGCCCAUGUUACAGUGGAAAUAUAAUUCAGAUAAUUUAUGUUAACAUUUUCACAAGCUGUUAUCCGCACAGUCUGCAUCACAUGCAUUGUGUAUCGUGGUGCCAUUAAUGAUUGUAUUUAUUAUUUGGGAGAACCCAGAACAACUGACAUUUUAUUAUAAAGUUAAUCACAACUAUUGUACUUGAUUAUAAGGGGUAAAAAAAACAACAACAACAAAAAAAAACAAGUGAAAAGGUCUCCCUGGAAUUCCUCAAAAAGGAAUUCUCAUUUGGGUUUAGUGAAAAGUGCACUAAAGCAAUUUAACAACAUGUGCACUGCAAAGUAUUUAAGAAACGGAUUGUUUGCAUUGAUAUAAAGUUACCAUAUCCAUACGAGAUUCAAUCAAACUGUAUAUUUUAUACCUCAGUUAAUAUCUGUUUGAUCUUUUUUUUAAUGAGAUUGUUCACCUAUUCGAUGUCUAUUAACUAAAAUACUUGGAACUGAAUAACAGUGUUUGUUGAUGCAGUGCAUUGCACAUGAUACCUUUAGUCCGUGCAAGUUUUGGCAAUAAAAUAGUCUUUCCUUUUCUAACAUCAUCUUUUUAUGUGGGUUACAGAAGUAAUGCAUAAGUUAUGGUGACCUCAUUUGACUUGUGCAUGUUUUGUAUAUAACACCAUAUGAUGGGACAGACCUGUAAUGUGCAUACACUGCAUGGUCCUUCAUGCUCAAAAACUCCAGUAGACAUAGUUAAAUUGCCCUGAUAUAUAUAUAUAUUCUAACAUCAUUUGUCAGCCUGUAACUGUGUAUGAAUACCAUCUGCUUUAAUGUUAGCCAUUACUGGCUAGUAAAAGUAAUGAAAAUGCUUGCAUUGUGUGAAUCACUUUUAAGUUACCUUGCUCUUGACAUACUCUGCGCUGUGCAUGCCCAUGCAGUCAGCUUUUGAGGCAAAUGCACAAAAAAGUGACUUGCCAGAUGUUAGGUAUCGAUAUUCAUGCAAAUGCUGGGAUUACAUGUUAUAUAACUAUAACCUGAACCUUUGUUGUUUCAGUUUGCUUGACAAAGUAACAAAUCUGUCAUAGACAAAUUAAUGAAACGUGGUCAAGAUUUAAUAGUUGUUUUAUAGUUGAACCGAAAAUAAAGAUUGUCAUCAUUUACUCAUCCUAAUGCCAUCUAGACAACCUGUAAUAAAGAAUGAAAGUGGUUUGGAUCAUAUUUACUUUUACAUUUAAUAUAAUAUUUUAUUUAUUAUUAUUAUUUCAGUUUAUGUUGUGUGUUUGUGUGUAAUCUAUAGAAGAAAGUCAUACAGGUUUGAGACAACAUGAGGGUGAGUAAAUGAAGACAGAAUUUAACUUUUUUUUUGGUUAACAGGAUUAAUAGUAAUUGAAUCAUUUUGGAUAACAUCCAUUGUAUUUUUUUUUUUUUUUUUUUUUUUUUUUUUAAACCAUUGACAUUUCGAAACGAAAAAGAGAUCAAAAGGACACCAACCUCACAUUGUUGUUUUUGACCUAUUUCCAUUUCACAGAAGAGUUGUCUAAUCAUUUUGUGGAAUUAAACUUCCCACACUGUGUUAUAUUUGUCCUUCUGAAAUGCUGCAGGGUCUGAUCUGUAAUUGGUAUCUUUGUGACCCCUCAAGAAUCUUUAGACUUGAUGUCGUGCCAGAUGAGGCUUGAAAAUCAUUUUUGAUACAUGUGUGUCUAACAAUAAUUAUAACCACAUGUGUAUCUAAAGAUGAGUUUCAAUGUUUUGAGUGAUUUUGACUUAGAUUACUAUAUAGGUUCUGUAAAAAGUUCUGUUGGUUCUGUUUGAUGUUUAAAAUUAAGGUUUGUUUGUUCAUUUAUGUGGAGAUUUAUUAAUUUAUGUUCUAUAAUCUACUAAUAGUUUUACUAUAAUGUACCUGAUUUGAAAUGAUUCCAAAAAAAUACUUUGUGUCCAUUCAGGUACAUAAAACGUACAUGUUCAUUCUGACAGAGUACUAUAUGUUUUAUUUUUCAGCAAGCUACUUUAAGGUGUAUUGCUCUUCAGUCUUGAAUGUAGCCUGAUACUGUAGCCUUUCCAUUUUGGAUGGAAAGGAGAAUGAAUUUAGUAGGCUUUGCUUCUAAUCACGUUUUGUUUGAAAGGAUGUUAAAUUUGCAACUUGCAAUUUUUAAUAUAAUAAAUACAUUGAAAAUAAA